AUAGAUAGAGGUGUAGAAACUGACACACUACCACACCACUUUGUUUGCGUGCAUCAACCUCGUUGAUUUCAACAUAAUAUUUUGGUGAUUUGACUGUGUAUAUGUUAUAAAAUAUAUUUAGACAUUUCGGUAAAGCAACUAUAAAUUACAAUGACUUCAACUGAAGUUUCGUAUAAUCGGAAAAUAAUAUCGGAGGAUUUGUCGAAUGUCGAAUUCGACACAAGCGAAGAUGUGGAAGUUAUUCCCACUUUUGAUUCUAUGGGAUUACGGGACGAAUUGCUGCGUGGAAUAUACACCUAUGGAUUCGAGAAGCCGUCCGCAAUCCAACAAAGAAGCAUAUUACCAAUCGUAAAAGGCCGCGAUGUGAUAGCACAAGCUCAGUCCGGUACUGGUAAAACUGCAACAUUUUCGAUUUCCAUCCUGCAGUCGUUGGACACAACUUUACGUGAGACCCAAGUCCUGGUUUUAUCACCAACGCGCGAGUUGGCUACUCAAAUUCAGAAAGUAAUCUUGGCCUUGGGUGAUUUCAUGAAUGUCCAGUGCCAUGCCUGUAUUGGAGGGACCAACCUUGGAGAAGACAUCAGGAAAUUAGAUUAUGGUCAACAUGUUGUAUCUGGUACACCUGGCAGAGUAUUUGAUAUGAUCAGGAGACGUGUAUUGAGAACAAGGUCCAUAAAAAUGCUAGUACUUGACGAAGCUGAUGAGAUGCUGAACAAGGGUUUCAAAGAACAGAUCUAUGAUGUGUACCGUUAUCUGCCUCCAGCCACACAGGUGGUACUCAUCUCUGCCACACUUCCCCAUGAGAUUCUUGAGAUGACUUCAAAAUUCAUGACUGAUCCUAUUAGGAUCUUGGUAAAACGUGACGAGUUGACAUUAGAAGGAAUCAAACAGUUCUUUGUUGCUGUGGAACGUGAGGAGUGGAAGUUUGACACCCUAUGUGACCUGUAUGAUACACUGACCAUCACUCAGGCAGUCAUCUUCUGCAACACCAAGAGAAAGGUGGACUGGCUCACACAAAAAAUGCAGGAAGCCAACUUCACAGUCAGUUCAAUGCAUGGAGACAUGCCGCAAAAGGAAAGAGAUAAUAUCAUGAAGGAGUUCCGUUCUGGCCAAAGCCGCGUACUUAUCACAACCGACGUUUGGGCGCGAGGUAUCGAUGUGCAGCAAGUAUCUCUGGUCAUAAACUACGACCUGCCGAACAACCGUGAGUUGUAUAUCCACAGAAUCGGCAGGUCGGGUCGUUUCGGCCGCAAGGGUGUCGCCAUCAACUUCGUCAAGUCAGACGACAUCAGGAUUCUGAGAGACAUAGAACAGUACUACUCCACCCAAAUUGACGAGAUGCCAAUGAAUGUCGCAGAUUUAAUAUAAUUCUGGUCACAAAAACAUCACCUUUCUUACCCAGUGUUCAACUGGAGACACACAGUGGUGAAGGAAUUGAUAGCACCCAAAUUCUUCUCAUGUAAGCUAUUUUCUAGAUGUAUCUCGGUAUAAUGUCUUAAUAAAUAAAUUUUAAAUUGAA